AUGCCAAGUGUAAAAGGGGCGAGGAUGUUUUCGAGUUCGCCGAGCACAUACGUGCAUGCCGCUCUCCGAGUGACAAAGCCAUUGUCGUCGUCGUGGUCGGUGUUGGUUGUGUCGGUCUUUGUGGUGGUGGGGUUGUCGAGACAAAGCCCGGGUGGUGUUGGCGGCGAGAUGAAGGGCCCCAGCGUGAGAAGCCCCAGCAGCCGGUCGCAGGCGUGGAAAUUCCCUACGCCAGGCGUUGGAGACUGUCAUGAUACUGCUUGUGCUGCUCAGCGUACCGGAAAAUGGUAUCAAAUGCUUCAUAGCAGGGUCCCCGAACCGGAGCGUACUUGGUGUAGGAAGGGGCCGCGGCUGUCGGCUGAAGCAGGAGCGAAGGAUGCGAACAGCACGGCGGAAGGCCUCGCGAUCCAGCCUCGAGAUUGGAGCACAGAAAGGGUCCCGCUCUCUCUCAUUAGCGCUUGUAAAGCUGUCGAACGACUCUUCUUGCCGUCUGUCCUCACCUUUGACGUAGAGAAAGUGGUUGCGCUUCAGAAGUGA